GCUCCGUGGGUGCAGUGAAGAGAAUGACCAGCAGGAGUCGCUGCACAAGCUGGUGAUGGCCGAGGGUCCGAGCGACGACUUCAACACCCCCUUCCCUCUACUGAAGUCCAACGUGAUUGAGGCCGUGAACGAACUUCUGGUGGAGCUGGAGGGCACAACGGACAACAUCACGGCGCAGGCUAAAGAGCAUAUCCACUCCAACGAGGUGAUCAUGACCAUCGGGCGCUCACGGACCGUACAACUCUUCCUGGAAGAAGCCGCUCGUAAGCGCAAGUUCCAUGUGAUUGUGGCAGAGUGCGCCCCCUUCUGUCAGGGCCACGAUAUGGCAGUCAGCUUAUCCAAGGCAGGAAUAGAGACCACGGUCAUCACGGACGCCGCCAUCUUUGCUGUCAUGUCGCGCGUCAAUAAGGUCAUCAUCGGCACCAAGACCAUCCUGGCAAAUGGCUCCCUGCGCGCCAUAUCCGGAACGCACACCCUGGCCCUGGCCGCCAAACAUCACUCCACCCCCCUCAUUGUGUGCGCCCCCAUGUUCAAGCUGUCCCCUCAGUUCCCUAAUGAAGAGGACUCCUUUCACAAGUUUGUGUCCCCGCAGGAGGUUCUUCCCUUCUCGGAGGGGGAGAUCCUGGCCCAAGUGAGCGCACACUGCCCCAUCUUUGAUCAUGUUCCGGCCGAGCUUAUAACGCUCUUCAUAUCCAACAUCGGGGGGAACGCACCGUCCUACAUCUACCGCCUGAUGAGCGAGCUCUACCACCCCGCCGACCAUGACCUGUGAUCAAUAAACACCUGGAAAAGAUG